AUGUCGCCGUCUCCAUCCAUUUUAUCCGUUUUGUCGGAAGAUCUUCUGGUUCGGGUUUACGGGUUUCUGGAUCCGCCGUGUCGUAAAACGUGGCGUCUCAUCAGCAAAGACUUCCUCCGAGUCGACUCGCUGAGUCGGACCUCGAUCCAGCUCCUCCGAGUCGAGUUCUUACCAGCGCUUCUCAUCAAGUACCCGAAUCUCUCCUCCCUCGACCUCUCCGUCUGCCCCAAGCUCGACGACGACGUCGUUUCGCGUCUGGCGCUAGACGGCACCGUUUCAACGUCGCGCCUGAGGUCACUGAACCUGAGCCGAGCCACCGGAAUCCGAGCCAGAGGACUGGACGCGCUUGCACGUUCGUGCCACGCUCUCGAGCGCGUCGACGUGUCUCACUGCUGGGGAUUCGGCGACAGGGAAGCGGCGGCGCUGUCUGCUGCGGCGGGGCUGAAGGAGCUGAGGAUGGACAAGUGCUUGAGCUUAAGCGACGUCGGAUUAGCGUGGAUCGUCGUCGGAUGCAGCAAACUUAACAAGAUUAGCUUGAAAUGGUGUAUGGAGGUCUCUGAUCUUGGAAUCGAUCUUCUCUCUAAGAAAUGCAAGGACUUGAAAUCUCUCGAUGUCUCGUAUCUUAAGAUCACUAAUGAUUCAAUCCGCUCCAUAGCUUUGCUGCCAAAGCUCGAGGUUUUAGAUAUGGUAAGUUGCUCUUUGAUAGAUGAUGCUGGAUUACACUGUCUUGAGAAUGGUUCUCCUUCACUAAAGGAGAUUGAUGUCACAAGGUGUGAGCGUGUGAGUCUUUCCAGCUUGAUCUCCAUAGUCAGAGGCCAUCCUAAUAUUCAACACCUUAAAGCCAGUCACUGUGUAUCCGAAAUCUCUGUGACCUUCUUACAUCACUUAAAGGCAUUGAAGCAUCUCAAGACUCUAAAGAUCAACGGAGCUCGUGUCUCUGAUUCCUCUCUUUUAGCAUUAAGCUCUAGCUGUAGAUCCUUGACAGAAAUCGGAGUGAGCAGAUGUGUAGAUGUGACGGAUAUUGGGAUGAUUGGUCUUGCACGCAACUGCUUAAACCUGAAAACGUUAAACCUUGCCUGCUGUGGAUUUGUGACGGAUGUAGCCAUCUCUGCUGUUGCUCAGUCUUGCAGGAAUCUGGAGACCCUAAAGUUAGAGUCUUGCCAUUUGAUAACCGAGAAAGGUCUUCAAUCGCUUGGAUGUUACUCCAAGCUUCUUCAAGAACUUGAUCUUACUGACUGUUGUGGCGUAAAUGACAAAGGGUUAGAGUAUAUCUCAAAAUGUUCGAAACUUCAAAGAUUGAAACUUGGGCUCUGCGCAAAUAUCACAGACAAAGGGAUUUUUCAUAUCGGUUCCAAAUGUUCGAAACUUCUAGAACUUGAUCUAUACCGCUGUGGUGGUUUUGGAGAUGACGGUUUAGCAGCUAUAUCACGAGGCUGCAAGAGCUUGAACCGGCUCAUUCUAUCGUACUGCAGUGAGCUAACGGACACCGGCGUUGAGCAAAUCCGGCAGCUAGAACAUCUUACUCACCUUGAACUCCGAGGGAUAAAGAAGAUAACCGGUGCCGGUUUAGCUGCAAUUGCGUGCGGCUGCAAGAAAUUGGGUUACUUGGACCUCAAGCUCUGUGAGAAUAUUGAUGACUCUGGCUUCUGGGCGCUCGCUUACUUCUCAAGAAACCUAAGACAGAUAAACUUGUGCAAUUGCUCGGUGUCGGAUACGGCUCUAUGCAUGCUGAUGAGCAAUCUGAGUCGUGUUCAAGACGUUGACUUAGUUCACCUGAGCCGUGUGACUGUAGAAGGGUUUGAGUUUGCUCUACGAGCUUGUUGCAACAGGCUCAAGAAGCUCAAGCUUCUCGCACCUCUCAGAUUCUUGCUCUCAUCGGAAUUGCUCGAGACGCUUCAUGCUCGUGGUUGUCGUAUCAGAUGGGACUGA